AGUAUUAUAUUUUAAUCCUGCGAUUUCUGCGUUAGUUUUAACCUAUCACGCUUUUAGUUACGUGCAUUUAUGAACUAAUAAAAUGCGUUUAUCAAGAGUGAUGUAGAAAUCGAAUUUAUCAAGAAAUUAUAGUCAAGACUUCUACAAUGUGAGGUUGACAUUACAUAUGUAUUGUUAUGAUGUGAUGAAACGCAAGUAAACUACGAAAGUCUUAUGUGCUUCUUUAAGAUAUUUUCAUAAAAAUGAGACAUGCAUCCAACCGAAAUGCAAAAAAGUGUGUCGGUGCAAGUAGACAGUGAUUUUGCUUUGCUGCUGCCGAGUGGUGUCUACGAAAUUAAGAAAAUGGAGCCAAGAUCGAAACUACGAAAAGUAAUACUGUUCUGUUUACUACUCUCUCUGUUCGGAAUGGUUGCUUUUGGAUAUUUCUGCCCAGAUCAGGUGUGCGCCGUGACGCCACGGGAGCGGGUGUCGGAGCCGGCCGCGCUCACGUACGCGGAGGCGCCCGGUCGGCCGCUCCCCGACGCUAUGGCUCAGCGCGGCCUCUCCUACGAUGAAGUUCUCCAUGAUGACUUUCGUUUCGACCUCAAUGCGCACGACGUCAUGGUCUUCCUGCACAUACAGAAAACUGGUGGCACAUCUUUCGGGAAACACCUGGUUAUGGACCUGGAUUUAAAGAGGCCGUGUAACUGUCAGAGGGCGAGAAAACGAUGCCAUUGUUUUCGUCCGCACAGCAACGAAAUAUGGCUCUUUUCGAGAUACUCUACAGGAUGGAAAUGCGGGUUGCACGCAGACUUCACGGAGCUGACGGCGUGCGUCGGCAGCGAGCUGGACCGGCACGAGGGCUCGGCCGUGCACAGGAGAUACUUCUACAUCACCUUACUGCGGGAGCCAGUCUCUAGAUACCUAUCGGAGUACCGUCACGUGAAGCGCGGCGCGACGUGGAAGGGCUCCCGGCAUUGGUGCCAGGGGCGCACGGCCACGGCCCUGGAAGUGCCGGCGUGCUACAGCGGCGAGACGUGGCGCGCGGUGACGCUGGAGGCGUUCGCGGCGUGCCCGUGGAACCUGGCCAACAACCGGCAGACGCGCAUGCUGGCCGACCUGGCGCUCGUCGGCUGCUACAACGGCACGCUGCGCCACCGCACGCCCGACUCCGACCGAGUGCUGCUCGCCUCCGCCAAGAGGAACCUCGCCGCCAUGGCCUACUUCGGCCUCACCGAGUUCCAGAAGAUAUCGCAGUACGUGUUCGAGGAGACGUUCAACCUGCGGUUCGCGGUGCCGUUCACGCAGCACAACGCGACGGUGUCGGGCGCCACGCUGGCGGCGCUGUCGCCCGGGCAGGUGCACCACAUCAAGCAGCUCAACUCGCUCGACCUAGAGCUCUACGACUUCGCCAAGAACCUCAUGUUCAAGAGGUUCGAGGCCCUGAAGAAACGCGACUCCGACUUCGAAUACCGCUGGCGGCACCUGGGCGAGGUGGCCCCGCGCAGCGGCGUCACGGAGUUCGACUGGGACAGCAACCUCGAGGACGCUACCACGGAGAAGUACCGCGGCCGGCGGUAAGCGCCCCACAACACAACGCUAGUCAACCACCCCUACUACCUAACCUAGCCGCCAACACGUCAUUCAUAUAAAUGCGUUCGUAGUUACACCGGUUAAUACUAUAAACUCUAAAUGUUAAAAUAGGCCUGUACAAAUAUUUACAAAUAUCUUCGAGCAGAACUAGUGUUUUGCUAAUGUUUUCUUUAUAGAUUCUUCGUAAAAUCCCUUCUUUAAGAUAUCUUAAAUAUUAUUAAAUGAUAUGUUUCGUAGACGUUGGCAUCUAUGUACACAUUGUGCUAUAAUAUAAUUCCAUCCCUUGUAAUUAUAAUGUCUAAAUAUAAAUUAUAUUUUAUCCCGUUAUUGUAUGAAAAGAAUGUUAACGUUGAAACAGGGUAGGUAAUGCAUCUAGGAUGAGCCCAACGAAGUAGCCUUUAAAGUAAUUAUCUGGAAAAAUUAUGAGUGACAUGACUUAUAAGAGUUAAAAGAUACCUGAUGACUAGGAUUUGUUUUUAGAAUCAACUUAUGGAUUAUAUGAAAUAUAAUGACCGACAAGAAUAUAUUUUAAUUUAUAUUUUAUAUGUUUACGACGUAUUAGAUAUUGUAUUGGUUCUAAAAAUACUCUUAUUAUAAUUUAAAUAGUCUCAUUUUAAUUAGCCAAAGAUCAAACAAUGGAAAUAAGUCAUACUCAUAAUAAUUGUAACGGAUUUACGUAAGUACGAAAAUAAGCUUCACUUUUUAAUGGUAGCUGUAUGUAGGGCCUUCGUGUGGCUGAGUUAACUGCGCGCUUAGUUUGGGUGCCACGUGUAGUGUAGGUACUAUGUACUACGCCCCGUUUGGCUGAGACGGUGCUCCUCCUAUUGGUCUAAGAUCCCACGAUCCCGUUUCUAUGGUCGACCUUUACCAAUCUGUCUGACGGAUGAAACUAUGAAAGAAAAUAUGUUCCUGAACAUAAAAAAAUAGGGUUGCCUAAAGAAAUCCGGUCAAGGCUAUUUUUAAUAAAUUUUUGAAAAAAAAUUUUUUCUUCAAAUUUCACCGAUUUGUCUGACAAACGAAAUAAGUUCCAAUGGAAAGUAUAGAACUUGUACAACAUAAUUAAAUCAACUAGGUUGCCUAUCUUUUUCCGGUCACUAUUAUGUGGUUGCCAUGUUUAAACAGGUGCGUUUUUAUCGAUAAUUGCACUCAUCUGUCUGACGCUUGAAUUAUACAUCAAAAUGUUGGUAAUUUUAUUGCGAAUACAGUGGCAUAGGGUUGCCUGCGAAAAUCCGGUCACAAAUAAGGGUUGCCAGGCUUUUAAGUAAAAUAAGAAGGGAAGACUUUUACCGAUAACUCAUAAACAGCUUAACCUAUCAAGUUUGUUUGUUUGAAUGAGUUUUUUAAGCACUAUUUUUAUGAUUUUUUUCAUAUUUUUUGGAUCAAUGGUUCAAAAGUUAGAAGGAAUACCCGUAUUUUGUUCUUUCCAAAUUUUUAUUUCCAUAACGGUUAACUUUAUCAAAAAAUAUUGUUUGCAGACCCCUAUUUAUUUUUAAAGACCUAUCCAACGACACCCCACACUGUAGGGUUAAAACGGUAAAAAAAAAUCACGUACAUUUUGAUUAUUUCAAAGCGAUUAUUUCCGAAAACAUUCACUUAAUCAAAAAAUGUUAUUCUAAGACCCCUAUUUAUUUUAAAAGACCUAUCUAACGAUAUCCCACAUCGUAGGGUUGAAGUGAAAAAAAAACAACUCACAUACAUUUUGUUUCGUAACAAGCGAUUUUUUUCGAAAAUGUUCACUUUAUCAAUAAAUGUUUCUUGAACACUCUUAUUCAUUUUAAAAGACCUAUCCAACGACAUCCCACACCUUAGGGUUGAAACGAAAAAAAAACGCCACACUUUUAGUUUCUUUCGAAGCGUUUAAUUCCGAAACUUUUCACUUUAUAAAAAAAUGUUUAUAGAAAACCCCCAUUUAUUUUCAAAGACCUAUCCAAAGACACCCCACAUUAUUGGGUUGAAACGAUGUAAAAAUAUUCACACACGUUUUGUGUCUCUUAAAGCUAUUAUUUCCAAAAAUAUUCACUUUAUCAAAAAAUGUUAGGUAGUAGUUAGAUAGGUAUUCUAAAAUAAAUAGGGGGUCUUAGAAAAACAUUCUUUGAUUAAGUGAAUGUUUUCGGAAAUAAUCGCUUUGAAAGAAUCAAAAUGUACGUGAUUUUUUUUUACCGUUUUAACCCUACAGUGUUGGGUGUCGUUGGAUAGGUCUUUAAAAAUAAAUAGGGGUCUGCAAACAAUAUUUUUUGAUAAAGUUAACCGUUUUGGAAAUAAUAAUUUAGAAAGAACAAAAUACGGGUAUUCCUUCUAACUUUUGAACCAUUGAUCCAAAAAAUAUGAAAAAAUCAUAAAAAUAGUGCUUAAAAAACUCAUUCAAACAAAAUUAAAACAAACUUGAUAGGUUAAGCCGUUUAUGAGUUAUCGGUAAAAGUUUUCCCUUCUUAUUUUACUUAAAAGCCUGGCAACCCUUAUUUGUGACCGGAUUUUCGCAGGCAACCCUAUGCCACUGUAUUCGCAAUAAAAUUACCAACAUUUUGAUGCAUAAUUCAAGCGUCAGACAGAUGAGUGCAAUUAUCGAUAAAAACGCACCUGUUUAAACAUGGCAACCACAUAAUAGUGACCGGAAAAAGAUAGGCAACCUAGUUGAUUUAUGUUGUACAAGUUCUAUACUUUCCAUUGGAACUUAUUUCGUUUGUCAGACAAAUCUGUGAAAUUUGAAGAAAAAAAUUUUUUUUCAAAAAGUUAUUAAAAAUAGCCUUAACCGGAUUUCUUUAGGCAACCCUAUUUUUUUAUGUUCAGGAACAUAUUUUCUUUCAUAUUUUCAUAGUUUUAUCCGUCAGACAGAUUGGUGAAGGUCCGAUGUAUGCCCCCAUACAUCUCCUACUAUAUAAUAGCCAACAAUAAUGCGACUUACACGCAAUACAGCAUUGCGCUCUAUUAAAAAUUAUAACCCAUUUAGCAGGUGUAAUAAACGUAAAAAUGUGCCGAACAAAUUAUUAAGACAUGAUUUGAAAAAGUAAAAAUAAUUUUGUUUACGACCGACUAGUUUCCCUCGGCCACAGAAUCAGGUCCUGAAUAAGUAGUUACUGUCAGCUUUAUCAAACAAAAGUGUUCUAUGUGUUGUUAUUAAGAUAAUUUGGCCGACCGUUUUAGUUUCGUCCAAUUAUAAUUUACAUAUCUUUAUCAAUUAGGUUAGACAGUUAAGUAUAAGUAGGUUAUAAUAUUAAAUCACUUAAGUGAUCUCUCAAACCAAGCACACGGUAAGGCAGCGGCUAAUAAGGUUUUAAUUUGUAAUUCGCGAACAAAUUACUAUUAUCUAGUAUAGAAAUGUCUAAAACACACACAUACUGUUGUAUUGUAUGUAUAAAGCAAUAGCUUUAACAAGCCGUCGCUUUCACUAGUGGCAUGUGCUGCGACGUUUCUAAUUCCAAAUAGCAUUCAGCGUUCAUACAUGCGUAUUAAUUAGUCGUUCAACUAAUUCAGCCAUUGGAAGUUACACUUUAAGUACAUGUGAUUAAUAUCAAAUGGUAAAGCAAAUAUUGUACUGUUAAUAUUAUUGCUACUACGACAUAUUUCUGUUAAUGGACAAGUAUUUUAGAUCCGGUUAAGGCACAGGGCUAAUCAGUAUUUUUAAGACUUGUUCAAAAUUAAUACUUAUAGUCAUUCAUUGUGUUGUUUAAAAUGAAAUAUCUGGGAGACCGAGCUUUGCUCGGAAGACAUACAAAAACUCAAUAAUUACUCUAUCUCUGGAGAUAAGACCUAGCUCGAUUGAUUUAUCGCCCCCGAAAACCCCCGUAUAGCAAAUUUCAUCGAAAUCGUUAGAGCCGUUUCCGAGAUUGCAGAAAUAUAUAUACAUGUAUAUAAAUAAAUAAACAAGAAUUGCUCGUUUAAAGGUAUUAGAUUAGAUAAGAUUUCUAGGUCUGUCAUGAAACCAAAAGUAUUAUUUCCAGCUAAAUUAUUACUCAAGCUGUCACCCGCGAUCCGUCAUUUAGCAUUUUGGUAGUAACCCACCAUAUUUGCUAUCCAACAGAAACUAGAGUCGGAGUCCUGUAUGCUUCAAGUGCAAUAAGGACCUUUUCAUCUGUAAUUCAAAUAGAAAUUCUGAUAGAAUGGUUCUUAUUGCACAUGAAGCAUAAGGACCCUUCUCUGAUGGAAAGCCACAAAAUUAUUUUGCGACCCACUACUCCUUAGCUAACACGACUACGAGUAUUAAAUACCUUAUAAAAAAUUGGAUUGGAUAUUGGUUGAAUAUACCUGAGUCAGUCCGAUUGUUGCCACCAGCAUCAAGUUUUCAAAUAGAACUACCUAUUAAAAUAUUAUAAAUAUUUUUGCUGAAUAAUAUGGAAUAUUCUAUUAGUAUACUUAUUCAGGAAAUGUAAUAAAUAAAUAUUACAGUGAACGAAUUAUUAUUAUUGGACAACCUUACUCAAAUCGACCUAGUCCCACAGUACGCUCAAUAAUACGUGUGUUGUGGGUUGUGGGUAGGUAAUAGAUCUAUAUCUAGCAUUUUUAUUACUAAGCUAUGGAAUGUAUAUAAGUACAUAUAUUACUUGUAUACCUGGUAUGAAUCCACAAACGAUUUUCAUGUAAUACAUAGGUAGGUAUAUAUAAUAGGCGGUUGUCACACUGCUUCACACUUCGGAGCAACGUCCGGUGCUGCGAUUUUUAACUUUGUACCUUCUGUAGAAUCUCGAUGUGUAUGCAAAAACCGCAUGGCAUAACACAUUGGCUCCGCCUGUCCAUGCGAAGGUGCGAAUCGCAACGCAAUCGUGCUUUCGGACGGACGGAUUUUUGUUCAUAAACGCGCAUCUUCGGGCAUCGCAGCUUCGGACGAAAAUACGGAGAAAACCGCACUAUCGUACCGUCGUCGCCGCACGCGAAUUCGUCGCUUCGCACUUCGCAACCACAUGCGAAAGGCAGUGUGGUAACCGCCAUAGCUGAGUCUGAAGCACUGCCAUUAUACAUAUAUUAUUAUUUGUUUUCUGGCGUAGCUAUGUAUUUGAAAACAAUGUCGCUUCCCGAAACAGAUGAAUGAUCAUCGUACGAUCACACUUUUAUCGCAGCGCGCGGCGCGGCGGAGAGAUCGACCUUUGACAAUAAAUUCGAUAGAUACAACUUGUCUUGCGUUCAUUUUGUUCGCUUAGUUAGCUGAUACUUAGAUGUUGCCUGUUACUGGAUAAUCGAUUGAUUCUUUAAAAGACAUGUCUUGUAUGUUACUCAGGCGUGUGAAAGGUAUUUUUUACUUAUUUAUCUACAUGUGUGAUGUAGUCAUUGUUUUUCGUUUCGUCUGAUUGAAGUUGUUCGCUGACAAAAUGUCAACGGUACUGGCUUGCAGUGUAAUUUUAGAUUUAUACAAGAUUAAUGUUUAUUAUAUGAUUACAUAUAUGAUAAGACUAUUUUUUUCGGUGUGUAAAAAAUAUUACACUAUGCCCUGUGAUAAAAUCUUUAUGCACCCAAUGUUUCAGAAUAAUUGAUCGCAUAAUCCAUAGCUUUAUAUUUUGUUCUCUGCUUACAAUACAUUUAAUCCGACACCCUUUCCCGUAAAAAUGUUAAGUGACCAAAUCGGUUUCUAGGUAUUUCGGAUGGUCUCUUAAAUGUUUUGUAGGUAAAACAAUAUAUGUAGUAUAUUUUAGGUCGCUUUAUAAUAAUGAAUAUAUAUACCUAGAUACUUAUAGUGAGGAUACCAGUUUAAGGCACGACACUUCAUCGGUUGCGGUGUGAGCUGCUAAUGGCAAGUGGCAAACGAUCGAUCAGAAGGGAAAGGGUGUCCAGGAUCGUUGGCCGUAAGUAAUGGGUGUAUUGCCAUAUAUCGAGUUAGCCAUUUAUAGAGCAUGUAAAUGUUAUUCUUAACGAUUGUCGUAUUAGGUGUUACGAGUAACUUAUCGAAUGUGCGUAUCAAAUAGCUGCACGUACCUACUAGUGCCGAUUGUGUGGUCUAGUACCAAAUUUUAGGAUUUAGUUUAUUAAGUUCCAGACUGAACCAAAUCAUAUGACGUCAUGUUGUGUUAAUAAACACUGAGUAAAAUAAAUAAAUACAAAAAUAA